CAGAACCUCUCGGUGUGUCCCGAGGAGGAGUCCGUGAUCCUCUCGUCCUUCGUCAGCUCCCUCUCGGCUCUGGCGGCCAAGGAAGUGGAUGAGCAGGAGCAGUUUGACUUCACCGCGCUGCGCCUGGACUGGUUCCGGCUCCAGGCCUACACCAGUGUGGCCAAGGCCGCGCUGCCGCUGAGCUCCAACAGUGACGUUGGCCGUGCCAUGAGCCUGGUGGUGUUCCACACGCGCCUGCUGGACCGGCCCGAGGAGCUGCUGGACGAGACCUCCGACCUGUCCCACCUCUGUUUCUACCCGCGUCCCCUGGAGCGGAUGUUCGCGCAGACGCUGGACGAGCCGUCCAUGCUGCGUUUCGCCAUCGCCUUCCCCCUGCUCUGCGCCCACUUCUCGCGCUGCCAGCACCCCAUGUGCCCCGAGGAGUACCCCCAGCUGGAGGCGGCGGCGCUGGGGCUGUGCCACAAGUUCCUGGAGGAGCUGGCGCGGGUGGGCAGCGGCUGCGUCCUGGACGCCUGCGCCGAGCAGCACAACCUGAGCCAGCAGCUCCUCCCCAAGCACUGUGCAGCCACCAUCAGCAGAGCCCGCGUCAAGAAGACCCCGAAGCAGCCGCCCCGCAAGGGGGACCCCCAAAGGGACAAACCGGGGACAGAGAGCCACCGGCGGGACCGGACCCUGACCACCAACAUGGACAAGCUGCACCUGACCCUGGCCGAGCUGUCCCUGAGCCUCAACCACGUCCCCAACUUCACCGUCUUCGGGCACACGGUGACACCGGCCGAGUACCUGAGCAGCCACCUGGAGGCGCGCCUGACCAAGGCCAUCGUGGCCAUGGCCGGGUACAGCCAGGCCUCGCAGGAGGUGGCGCGGCCCUCGGAGGUGCUGGCGGGGCUGGGCGCCUACAUGGGGCUGGUGCAGCGCCUGGGACACCUGGUGGCCCUGGACACGGCGCGGCUGCUGCGGGCGGUGCUGCUGCAGCAGAGCCACCCCCGCGACGGCAGCGGGCAGCCCACGCUGACGGCCAUCUACACAGACUGGUACCUGGAGGCGCUGCUGCGCCAGGCCAGCACCGGGGCCGUGCUCCUGUCCCCGGCCCUCCAGGCCUUCACCACGGUGCCCCGCGAGGAGCAGCCCCCGUUCAGCGCCGCCGAGUUCUCCGACGUCUCAGAGAUGCGGGCGCUGGCCGAGCUCAUCGGGCCCUACGGGAUGAGGUUCCUGAGCGAGAACCUGAUGUGGCACGUGGGGUCCCAGGUGACAGAGCUGAAGAAGCUGGUGGUGGAGAACAUGGACACGCUGGUGCAGCUGCGCUGCUGCCGGGCCGAGCAGAGGCCGGCGCUGCUGCCCCGCCUGAGCUCGGCCGAGAACGUCCUGAAGCGCAUGACCAUCAUCGGGGAGAUCCUGAGCUUCCGCGCCAUGGCCCAGCAGGGCCUGCGGGAGGUGUUCUCCCAGCACUGCCCGUUCCUGAUGGGCCCCAUCGAGUGCCUGGCGGACGUGGUGACCCCGGACACCGACAUCCAGGUCACCCUGAGCAUCUUCGAGCUGGCCUCGGCCGCGGGGGUCCCGUGCGAGGUGGACCCGGCGCUGGUGGCGGCCCUGGCGGGGCACAGGACAGAGGCCGUGUCCCCCGAGGAGGAUUACAAGGUGUCCUGCCUGCUCCUGGUGUUCGUGGCCGUGUCCCUGCCCCUGCUGGCCGCUGACCCCGCGUCCCUCUACAACCCCGAGCUGGACGGCCACAACAACAACGUGCACUGCCUGGCCAAGGCCAUCGUGCAGCUCUCGGCCGCGCUUUUCACCGUGCACGGCAAGAACAUCGAGACGCACCUCAAGGAGUUCCUGCUGCUGGCCUCCAGCAGCCUCCUGCAGCUGGCCCAGGAGCCGGACAAGGCGCGGCUGCGGAACCAGGACUCGAUCGUGCUGCUGCUGCACCUGAUCGUGGCCGAGUCGUCCUUCCUGACGCUGGACAUGCUGGAGAGCUGCUUCCCAUACGUGCUGCUGCGCAACGCCUUCCGCCAGGUGUGCCGGGAUCCCCCCGGCCGGGCCCCCCAGCACUGA